AUGUCUGCCUUAACUUCUUCCUCUUCUACUCUGCUCUUUCAAGAUUUUGUAGGAGACUUCUACUCAAGAAGAUUGCUACUAAACAUCCCUCCUUCCCCAUCACCGGCUACCGCAACUCCUCCAGCCACCGGACCGAGCCACGACACCUCAGAAUUUUACACCGGAGAUACUGUAAUCGUAAUCUCUGUCCUCUGUUGUGCUGUAAUAUGCACAAUGGGGAUGUGUUCAGUCCUUAAAUGUUCAUUAAGGUGCACCGGUUCAGUACUCUCGGAAAUCAGGAACAACCGGUUAGCCAACACAGGGAUCAAGAAAAAGGUCCUCCAUACUUUCCCAACAGUGACUUAUUCAGAUGGUUUGGAUCAGCCUGGCUUGGGCACCGAGUGUGUCAUAUGCCUAUCCGAGUUCAAAGAAGGGGAGUGUUUACGAGUUCUUCCCAAGUGCAACCAUGGGUUUCACGUCUGCUGCAUCGAUGAGUGGCUCAGUUCACAUUCCUCCUGCCCUAUCUGCAGGGACUACCUCAUUCAGACUUGUCAAAAGAUCAGCGAGUGUACUCAGGCUACCUCAUCACAACCACCAACCCAGCCGCUACAGGAAACAGUUGUAAGGAUUACCCCACUAGAAGCUGAAGGUGUAAUACAUAAUUACCGGAAUGAUCAAGAUGUAUAUAUAGGUAUUGAAAAAAUGAAGGUUCCAAGUGUGGUUUCACCAUUUUGACAAGGAAAAAAAUAUGUGGUUUGACAAGUUGAAUAUAUAUAUAUAUAUAUAUAUAUAUAUAUAUAUAUGUCAAAUUUAUUCUUUAUAUAUAAUGAUCAGUUAUUUAUGAUCUUAGUUUUUUUUUUUAUUAUUUAAAUGACACAAUGCAUGAAAGAUGCAGGUCGAAUAUGGUAAUUGUAAAGGGAUUGUCAUGGAACUCAAAUUAACAUUUUCGCUAUUAAUAGUUUACCAUUAGGGUUGUGGCACCUCCUUUCUUAAUGUUCAAGUCAAAGCAAAAAAAAAAAAAAUUACCACUAGGUACAAAAAGUUGCUUCUUACCCCUCCCCUUCUCUCACUCA